AUCCGCCUCCUCAUCCAUCACUAUCCGGCAGCGACUGCGUCAUCUACGUAUAGCGAGGCUGGCUGUUGUGCACGCUCAGCAUGAGUCCAUCGCUACCAGAUUCCCUCUCAUCUCUGCAGCCUUGCUAGAACUGCUCACCUCGCCGCGAUAGCAUGGCGAUGCCAUCAACGACUGAGCCUCGCGACAGCCGCGAGGCCACUCCAGGCCCAUCGACGAUUCUCGACCCCUCAUUCUCCUCCGGCUCUCCGGCCUCUUCAUCUACCUCUUCGUCAAUGCGCCUCGACGCCGUACUUUAUAACUUCUACUCGAAAUCCGUCAAUCUCGUCGCCGCCAACCGACUGACCCACUCGACGUUUACGGCGCUCACGGACAGCGGCAGCGUGGGCCACGUCAAUAAAUGGUUCAGCCUGCCACUGCCAGAUAUCGACAUUUUCAAGGAGGAGCUGAGACUGUGGCGCUCCCUCUCUGCCUUCGUCCCACCCUCGGCGUUAGAGGCGUCCAUUGAAACACCAGCAGAUGAUGCUGCAGGCGCUCCACUCGUGGCUCGCGUCCCUCCCCUGGUCCUUGAAGUCAUCUUCGAACCAGUCAAGGGUCCUACAGCCACGUCUCCUCGCCCUGUUGUGCUUGAAAGAUGGCGCAUAGACUUCACCGUCUUCCAGCCAGAGUCGGCCCCUGAGCUCCAAGACCUCUACAAGCGUUGUUCUACUCACCUGCAGGCCUUCGAUGCAGCAACGCGCAACUUGCCCGCCUAUAAGCUAUACAAGAGGAUACGCACAGGCGAUGGAGCAGCCGUUGGACAGAUUGGCUGCAGGCUGGGGACGGGCGAAGCACUCGAUGUAGGGACGCCGAGCGGUGAUCGCAGGGAGAUUGGAUUGGGAGGUGGCGACGAGGAGAAUGCUUCGUCAUCACAGACGGGGCUGCAUGGUUUUGCACCUCUCGUAACGCCACUCGGGUCGCUCACUGUUUCUGUCGAGUAUCGAGAAAAUCUUGCGCUCGCGGGCAAUGUGAGACCGGAUGAUCUGCGGCCGGACGAGGACUACUUCAAGCCGCCGAUUACAACGACGAAGCCAACGCCGAGCGCGCCCACUUCAUCUAAGGUCUCAGCGCCGGCGGGUGGCAGCAGCUUCAGCGACCGGCCUUCUCCUCCUCCUCAGCCGCAGCCCAGCAUCUCCUCAUCACCUAGCUCCUUUGGCCGUAUGAACACGUCAGGACCACCACGCGCCGGCCUAUCAGCGUUGCGCAGCCAGCCGACGCCCACUGAUCCUCCACUUUCCAGCUCGCCAGGGGCGGGCGAGCCGGCGUUUCUGACUUCUCACGCACGACGCACAAGCUCAAGCAGCCUUUCCUCGACGCAUAGCGAAAGACGCUUCCGUACUGCAAGCACGCUGGGUCCAGCAGGGUCCAGCGGAUCAGGCAUCGCCGAGCAUCCUGCGGGCAGCGUGGGCAUCGGUCGCCCAGCUUUGCCUCAGCAGAUGCGCUUCGGCUCGUAUUCACCUUCAUCACCGAGCCCGCUUGCUCAACAGGCUGCAGGUGCAGAGAGCGGAGCCUCAUCGAGAAGCAUCAGACCCACUGCGGCGUCCGUAGCCAAGCCAUCCUCCACACCACCAACGCACAGCUUGCGUAACAUCUUUCAGCACUACGCGCCCACCAAUGUGGCCUCGUCUUCUUCGCCCGCGUCAAACAGCUCCAUCGUCUCCUUGAGCGGCACUUCACGCCCGACAUAUCGGCGUGCAGGAUCGGGAGGCAGCAGUGGUAGUCACGAGCUCCCACGCGUGACUGAAGCGCCUGCUCCAGCCUCGUCUUCUUCGGGAGCAUCUCGCCCAUCCGUCUCUCCUCAAAUGAUACAGCGCUACUCUCGCACGCCAUCUUAUCGGUCACAGCACCCAGGCCAACAGGCUGGCCGAAACAGCUUGGAAGGUGCUGAGGGGCGCGCUUCGACGAGCAGUGGUGAAGUGCAGUCGGGAGGGGCAGGCCGCUCACCAUCAUUCAGCCGCUCAUGGCAGGCACGCACCGAGGCAAGGCAGCAAGCAAUGAUGGCCAUGGCGGGCAGCAGUGCGAGUAGGGGAAGCCCGAGCUCGCUCCUUAGUCGUGCAAGCCCCGGGUCACUGCUUAGCAGGGAAAGCCCGCCGGCGCAGCAGAAGCGGGCGAGCGGUGUCGGAAGGAGGGAUUCGAUCGAUGAUCUUGUCUCCCUGAUCGAGUCGCGGCCGAUGCUGGCGGGCUCGAGCUCUCCGAGACCGCAGGCACCGCAGGCACCUCCAGCCGCGACGGGCGGCUUCGUUCCAAGUCAAUCGCCAGCCUUGGGCAGCUCAGCACUUGCCUCGAGUGGCAGCUCACGCGUCAUGCUCUCCACGAGCGCAAUGGAUGACAUGUUGGCCAAGAUGACGCAGAGCGUUAUGCGGCUUACUGCCCCGCCUGCGCCAAUGCCGGUCGCACCUGACGAGGCGGCAACAUCUGCACCUGCUCUGCCGGCUGUAUCGUCAGGCCACACAGGCGAGCCAGUCAAUAGCUGCUCCUCGCCCUCGGCUGCCGCAGGUCAAGUCCUCAGACCCCCUACCGCGCCUCUCGCCCCCGACUUCGACGACUCUUCCUCCUUUGAAGGAGGGCGCGGCGCCAUGUUACGAGGUCGGCUGUACCCCCGCAGUGCUGGUGCAGGACGAGGCGCUGGUGCCACUCGCGGCGGCCACUCCUCACAUGAAGAAGUGGACGCCAUCCUUCUGCAGGCGCAUGACGAUGACUACCCCACUGCGAUCGGACCAGAACAGCAAUCGCAACGAGAAACGAGGCGUCAAGCGUCCGAUGUUGGAGCGGCACUGGCGCCGCGAGGGAGGCACUCCUUCGACUACGAAGAUGAGGAAGAACAUCCAGCCGGGAGGUUGGAGCUGCACUCUGAUCCGAACACGCCUACGAGCCUGCGCUUCUCCUCUUCGCCCCUCCUCUCUCAGCCGCAGACCGCGUUGACUGGCGCCGCACCAGGUGCCGCCGGAUAUUCGCGCUUCGCUGGUCGUACGUCGACUGCUGCUGCCGCUGGUGCUACUGCCGGUGGGGCCCUUGGGUUGGGUAGGACGCUGCGCGCCAGUGCUGGCAGCGAUGUAGACGAAGCUGCCUCUCCUUCUAAUCUCUUUGCGCAUCGUACUCCAAGUGGUGCUGCGGGAGUGGAGCGGGUGCGGAGCUCGAGUAGCGCUGCAGACCCCUCUGCCGCGUCCUCGGGAAGGAGAUUCAGACGAUACGUGUCUGGAUUCGAUGUUGGCACUGGGGCAGCUGGAGGGAACGCUGCUCAAAGGGAGGGAGAGGAUCAAGAGCCAGACGAUGCGCAGCGUCUGCGAUCGUUCGGUGCAGAGUUAAGCUCGAUGCGCGGCCGAGGUGGGGCGCCUUGGUCCUCGUACGGCUUGACGGCCACGGCCACUACCACAGCUGGCAGCACGACCAUCACCGGUGGGCACGGCGUCGGAUCUUCAAGUCCAUGGCGUACCCGUCGUCCUCCCGUGCCGCCUUCCAGUGGUCGAGGCUUGGGAGGUCCACCAGCUGCUGGGCUGGGAAGGAGGGCAAGUCCCGGCCAUUUGAGAACGCUGCAGCACCGCGGGGGAGAAGACACGACGAUGAGCGGUGGAGGGGGAAAUGGGAAUGGGUACGGUAGCGGUGAGGAGCGUGGCAGGACUGGCGCACCAGCAACGACGACGCCGACGAGCUCGAGGCAGCGAUGGUGGGAGUAUCAAAAUGAGAGAGGUGGAGACGAGGACUGAGGGAAACAGCGGAAAGACGAGAUGGACAGAGACAAAGGACCAGCAUCACCAAGACAAUCAUUACCCUCAGACACAUCACUCAUUCCUUGUUCAUAAACACUCUCUUGCAAUCACGAUUGACACUUAUACGUUCCAU